AUGCGAGAAGACUUGCCGUAUGAGGAACCUCUUCCUGCGCUAUGGUCUUUGAGUCUGGGGCCGGGAGGGGACACCAUAGAUGAAGGGCCUCAUCCUGUUCUGGAGUUUGCCGUGGUUCAACCCUUGCUACAGCUAGGGGACGACCACGCCCUCUGGCAGGUCGAAGAUAGGUCCGGCGAACGGCAUGUGCUCUGCGAAACCAGGUUCGUCUUGUCCGAGAGGUUAGCUGUCCCACAGCUGGGAAGGCUACGGGAACUCAUGAUAAGAGAGGCACGCCUCCUCGACACGCUAUCUCACGACUAUGUGGUCCCGCUAGAGCAAGGGUGGCUGGAAGAGCGAGCAGGGUUGGAACAGUUUCAUGUUUGCGCGAGAAGCAUGAGGAAGAGCCAGGUUGAGGGGGCCAACUACACUUCGGUGUCGGCAGCGCAAGACCCAAUCGGCAUAGAACGCGUUGCGCACAACACGCGUCAACAUCGAUGCUGGGGGGAUGCUGCUUCCACUGCUGUACUGGAGGAAUGUUCUCUACGGCAACCGCAUUCAAUGGGCGCUGCAAUGGCAAAAACAGGAUCAGCAGCGCAGGGUUCGACAGUCUGUUGUGGUUGCUUUCGAAGGGAAGCUGGAUUUCCUCCGUAUUACGCAAAGAGAGACAAGUAUUCAAGAGACGAGGAGAAUGCUGCUGCAUUCCUACUACAUUCGCGGGUUCCGCUCACACUUGACGACAUCGAUUGCGAGGAUGGUGGAAUGGGCGGAAUGUCUCACAGUAUCAAGAGCAUCGACGACGCAAGUACAGCGCCCCCGCAGCAUGGAGGGUUGGAACAGCUUCGGUGGGGAGGGGACGGUACGACUGGCUGGAAAGGAACCGCCGAACCAAAACCAUCUGCCGACAAGACUACUUCUUGCACUGGUUGCACCUCAUCGCCAUUGCCAACGGGUCAGCCACGGCCGAUGUCCCUCAACUCUGCCGCUGCGGCUUCAGGUGGUUACUACUGCGGCUGCUGUGGCAGCGAAACCAGAGGCACCGGACAUGGCGGCAGAGAAAUCGUCCGCAGGCAGCGGGAGCGCACACUUUGCUUGACGUCGUAUCUGCUUCUGCCAGACUGGCUGCCCUUGUCGGUUUGGUUUGACACGGAGUUCGAACCGCAAACCGCUGCGCCAGAAGGGCAAGACGGCGCAGCGACAGCAAGGGCGGUGACAGCCCCUCAUGAUUGGGCGCUCGUUUGGCGACAUCUGAUGUCUAUGUUCGAGGGGGUACUGCGUGGUGUGGAGCACGUCCAUACGAAGGGACUCGUGCACAACAACAUCCAUCCUUGCAGCCUGUGGGUAGCUGCAGACGGACGUUGUUGCGUGGGGAACCUGAGUCAGGUCACGCCCCCUGGCUGUCGCAAAGGCGCACCAGAGCAUCACCAUUAUGCCAGCCCCGAACGUCGCCGGGGAGAUGUCGUGGACUCGCAUUCGGAUGUGUACGCGCUUGGAGUAUUGAUGCUCGAUUUUUGGCGCCACUACAUUCUCUCCAGGGGUCUUGGCGAAGUUUGUUUAACGGGGGAAGGUGGGCUCGUGGAAAGGGUAAAGUCUGGCGAAGGAAGAGCACCGCACCCAGAGGAGGGGGCAGAUUUGCUGGAUUGUGUUCUCGUGGGAAGCAUGCUAGCGGAGGACCCUUUUGAUAGGCCGGACUGCUUCGAGAUAGAAGACAGGCUAGGCGGGAGUUAGGUCAGCAGGGGAUGGCCUGCGUUGUCGGAGCGUCGACAUCUGCACCAGAGACAACUGUAAGGUUGGAACGGUUGAGAACUCUGCCGUUAGGCCACCAUUCCUCCGGGGGGCUCGGCAGGGGAUGGGUGUGUAGGGGGAAAGUAUCUUUGGAAGGUGCGCUCGUGCAUGCCAAAUUCGAAUAAAUAUUAUUUUCCGACGUGUCAUUCGAAGAAGACAGUUUCGGAUGAAAAUGCCCGAACUUGAGGACUUCGGAAAUUCGAGCAGGAGUACGAGC